AUACUUUGGCCCACAUGCUACAUUUGCUCCCGGGUUUCUAACUGUAGAACACAAAGCUCCUUGUGUUUGUGUCUUUAUCAGUGUGGGGGAGGCUAAAAUGUUAUACAAAAUUUCAUUUUCAACAACAAAGAAUUGAUUUUCUUUGACUUCACUGGCUACUGUAUGGAGGUCAUGCAAAUUGAUUUGAUGCAUGACAGUUCUGUUUUGUCUUGCCCAACACUAGAAAGUUCAUUAUUUAUUAGCAUCUCAGUACAAGCGUAGCGGACGGACUCACAAACCUUUGUUUCCUGGAUCACACACAACAGGAGUCUCUGUGGCUGUGUAAUGGGAGGUGUCACCUUUCAAUGUCAUUCAACAAUCUCUGCCCUAUCAGAUUCUUUGACUCCCUUCGGCCGCCCAUCACCUGGAAAGUUACCUGUCCGACGUGAGCCUGCGGCAACAUCACAACGGAGAGGUUGAUACAGGAAUGAUCAGCAGGUCAAAAACUCCAAUUUGUUGCUGAAUCAUACUAGAAGGAUGAGUAACUGAGUGAAAGUUCAUGCUGACAUACCUAGCUAGUCAGACCAGUAGGUUUGUCCAUUCAGCGUGUGUGAAUAAAUGACGUGGCUUAAAACAGGCAACAUAUGGGAACCAGUUUGACAGACCUGUCACUUUGAAGAAAACGUUUCAGGAAGUUUAAACGUGUAUUGAGUUUGACUUAUUCCAGUGCUUCACUUCGUGUCGGACUUCUUGUUGCUGUCUUUAAACCUCGGUGUUAUGGGGGUCCCUGGCGCUGCCUUCUUGCAGGUGUACUGUUUCAAUAGUCUGUGUUUCCAGUGAGAUAUGUGGCAUCAGUGCUGUCUUUUAACCAGCUACAAAAGCUUUUUUGAUGUUCAACAAAGGCAUUAUUAGACCACAACAGAGCGAAUGGGUGACCUUACUGCAUGCUCCAUGGCAGUUACUUGGCAACUGGAGGAUUAUUGACAAGUGUUCAAGGGUCAAACUACACCAUGUCUAAUGGUGGUGGUGGAGGAGGGGCCAGCAGUUCCACCCACUUGCUGGACCUGCUGGACGAGCCUAUUCCAGGGGUGGGCACCUAUGAUGACUUCCACACUAUUGACUGGGUCAGAGAAAAGUGCAAAGACAGAGAGCGCCAUCGCAAGAUAAACAGUAAAAAGAAGGAAUCCGCAUGGGAGUUUACCAAGAGUCUGUAUGAUGCCUGGUCAGGGUGGCUGGUGGUCACGCUAACAGGUCUUGCGUCAGGUGCUUUAGCCGGUUUGAUAGACAUCGCCGCCGACUGGAUGAACGACCUGAAGGAAGGCGUGUGUCUCAGUGCAAUGUGGUUUAAUCAUGAGCAGUGCUGCUGGGGCUCCAACGAGACCACCUUCGCUGAGAGAGACAAGUGUCCCCAAUGGAAGACAUGGGCCGAACUCAUUCUGGGUCAAGCUGAGGGUCCUGGUUCCUACAUAAUGAACUACUUCAUGUUCACAUUUUGGGCACUUUCCUUUGCCUUCCUGGCCGUGUCAUUGGUGAAGGUGUUUGCCCCUUACGCCUGUGGAUCUGGAAUACCUGAGAUUAAAACUAUUCUGAGCGGCUUCAUUAUUCGAGGGUACUUGGGGAAAUGGACCUUGUUGAUAAAGACCAUCACUCUGGUUUUGGCUGUGGCAUCAGGUCUUAGUCUCGGGAAGGAGGGUCCGCUGGUCCACGUCGCCUGUUGCUGUGGCAACAUCUUUUCCUACCUCUUUCCCAAAUACAGCAAAAAUGAGGCCAAGAAACGAGAGGUUUUAUCUGCAGCUUCAGCUGCUGGUGUGUCUGUUGCUUUUGGAGCUCCUAUAGGAGGAGUACUUUUCAGUUUAGAGGAGGUCAGUUACUACUUCCCACUGAAGACUCUGUGGCGCUCGUUCUUUGCUGCUCUGGUGGCAGCAUUUGUGCUGCGCUCCAUAAACCCAUUCGGGAACAGCCGGCUGGUGCUGUUCUAUGUUGAAUACCACACACCCUGGUACCUGUUUGAGCUUUUCCCCUUCAUCCUGUUGGGGGUUUUCGGUGGCCUAUGGGGGGCCUUUUUCAUUCGGGCCAAUAUCGCCUGGUGCCGGCGCCGCAAAUCCACACGCUUUGGAAAGUAUCCAGUGUUGGAGGUGAUCACAGUGGCGGCCAUCACGGCCAUAAUCGCAUUCCCAAACCCGUACACGCGGCAGAACACCAGCGAACUGAUUAAGGAGCUGUUCACAGACUGCGGCCCACUGGAAUCAUCACAGCUCUGUCAGUACAGAAGUCAGAUGAACGGCAGUCAAGCAUACCCAGAAGGCUCGGAGGCUGCCGCCACGCCAGGUGUUUACUCUGCCAUGUGGCAGCUCAGCCUGGCGCUCAUCUUCAAAAUCAUCAUGACCAUCUUUACCUUUGGCCUGAAGGUGCCAUCGGGUCUGUUCAUCCCCAGCAUGGCCAUCGGUGCGAUCGCUGGACGGAUUGUGGGCAUCGCUGUGGAGCAGCUGGCAUAUUAUCACCACGACUGGUUCCUGUUUAGAGAAUGGUGUGAGGUGGGUGCUGACUGCAUCACGCCUGGACUCUACGCCAUGGUCGGGGCUGCAGCCUGCCUUGGUGGUGUGACUCGCAUGACUGUGUCUCUGGUGGUCAUUGUGUUCGAACUCACUGGCGGGCUGGAAUACAUUGUUCCUCUAAUGGCGGCCGUGAUGACCAGUAAAUGGGUGGGUGAUGCGUUCGGGAGAGAGGGAAUAUACGAGGCCCAUAUCCGUCUGAAUGGAUAUCCCUUCCUGGACGCCAAAGAAGAAUUCACACACACCACGUUAGCACGGGACGUGAUGCGUCCAGGACGCAAUGACCCGCCGCUGGCUGUGCUCACGCAGGAUGACAUGACGCUCGGCGAGCUGCAGACCAUCAUUUCAGAAACGAGCUAUAACGGCUUCCCGGUUAUCGUUUCCAAAGAGUCACAGAGGCUGGUAGGCUUUGCACUGCGGAGGGAUAUAACAAUUGCUAUAGAAAAUGCCUGCCGUAAGCAGGAGAGAAUAGUGCUGAAUUCCCGUGUGUAUUUUACCCAGCAUGCCCCGACCCUUCCUGCAGACAGCCCGCGACCACUGAAACUCCGCAGCAUCCUUGACAUGAGCCCUUUCACCGUCACCGACCACACGCCCAUGGAGAUUGUGGUAGACAUUUUCCGCAAGCUCGGCCUCCGGCAGUGCCUUGUGACGCACAACGGGAUUGUAUUGGGCAUCAUCACAAAGAAGAAUAUUUUAGAACAUCUGGAAGAGCUCAAGCAGCACGUGGAGCCCUUGGCGCCUCCUUGGUGUUAUUACAAAAAAAGAUAUCCUCCGUCAUAUGGCCCAGAUGGCAAACCAAGACCCCGAGUCCAUAAUGUUCAACUAGCAUCUUCCUUCUCUCGCUACGAGGAAGAGAGUGAAGAGGAGGUGCAUUUACUGGACAAUUCAUCCCUCUGACCACACGUCCCUUUGGUACCCUUACACUUGCCCCUCAAAAAAAAAAUUAGAACACUAAACCAGGCAGGACCCCAUCCUGGUUGAAUCUUCUGGAUUCUGCAUACCAUACCAGAAGGAGAUGUUUGAGGUUGAGCCUUACUGCUCGAGAAGCUUGGAGAUUUGGGCAAAGCUUCAGUUUCGGAUGCUCUGCGUGGAGAGACCUUCUCCACAGCGAUCUCUCACACACACGCAUGUACAAACACCCAAGCCUGUGGUCAAGACACAUUUGCUUUCACCUUCAAGCCCCCUUAUUUGAACUCUCUCUGCCUUAGAAAAUGUGUCCCCAAGAGGGUGACGGGUCAAGAUGAACCGCUCAUUUGCGAGGAGGGACCUUCGCCACAAAGCACCACUGCCCUGUCACAAAGACUGCAUAACAUUGUUUACCUGUAGUGUGUAUGUUGUGACAGAGUGAGAUUGUGUUUGUGAGUGCAUCCCAACAUUCCAGUCAGGAUAUGUGAAGCAAAAGAAACUCUUAAAGGGAUAGUUCACCCAAAAAAGAAUUUUCGUCUUCAUUUACUCACCCUCAUGUUGUUUCAAACCUGUAUAAAUGUCUGUGUUCUGUUGAACACAAAGAAAGAUAAUUGGAAGAAUGUUAGCAGUUUUCAGUUCUGGGACAUCACCCACUACCAUAGUACAAAAAAAUGGUUCUGUUGAACACAAAAUUAGAUAUUUUGAAGAAUUUAGGAAAACAAACAGUUCUGGGGCACUUUUGACUACCAUUUAUUUUUUUCUGCUAUGGUAGUCAAUGAUGUUCCAGAACUAAAAAUGGCUAACAUUCUUCCAAAUAUCUUUCUCCGUGUUCAUCAGAACAAAGUUCUGAUUUAUUCAGGUAUGAAAUUAUAUGAGGGUGAGUAAAUGAUGACAUAAUUUUAAUUUUUGGGUGAACUAUGCCUUUAAUGUCUAUAAAAGAUCAUGUUCGUAUUUAUGAAUCUGUGAGGGUCGAGUAUUCAAAUGGUGAACUGAUCAAAAAUUAUAAAGCAGGCUUUGUGCUACCUAGGGACACGAGGUGAAGAGAGAACCGAGUGAGUGAAUGAACUUCCAUUAAUCAUCUUCAACAUUGACACUAUCAUAGGAGUUCUAAACUGGAGUCAUUAGGAACGAGGCAACCAAGGUUUUCUGGCAGGUCUUGAAGCACCCACAAUGGGAACGUUUGUUUUUCAUUACCUGUAAACAACCGUAAAAGAGACUUUUCUUUUAAAGCUGUUCUUGUUGUUCUACUCCAUGCACUAAGCAACUCCUCUCAGUUUGCAAACAAAAAUGUGAGUAACAAAUGUAUUUUUUCUAACAAAUGUAAAUGUUCAAAUUGGGUUGGUUCCAGAGAAGUUAGUAAGUUGCCUUUGCUGCAUGUUCACUCUUUUUCCCAUUUUUUUUAUUGCAAUCAAUCUUUUUAAAGUAAUACAAAAAAUUCACACUUUCAUGUAAUACCAUAAUGAAAACCAUAUACUAUCUAGAGAACAUAAUUAUAAACAAAUACAGAUUGUUGCGUAAUGUUUGUACUUAACCAAUGUGAACAGACAGUUUCAUUAUAUAAUUAUUACAGUAAUGAGAAAAAAAAUGCCACCCUACUUUAGGUAGGAAACUGUAAGUUGUGGGAUGAGAGCGUUGUCAUUAAAACCACAUGUACAUAGAUGCAGCAUAUGAACCAACUUUUUCUUUUUGUAAACGGUAAACCAUUUCCAAUUUAAGAGAACGAUUAAGCAAUGUGACCAGGCUAGAGAAGGAAUGAAAAGUUGCACUUAAUAUAUGACAACUGCUUUUGGCGAUUUCGAUUGCUUUUGCAAAGAUACAUGGCACAAUUUUGUGCAAAUUCGAUACAGAGACAAAUACAGAUUGGGUUUAGCAAUGGUUACUAACGUACGUUAAAUCAGACCAUUUUUAUAACCUACCGGCUGUUCUGAACCUCAGUUUCUCCUAAAAUUUGAAUGAGUUACAUAUUAGCAUGUUAUGUUUUUCCAAAAUAAGGCAGAUGUCUUCUCUUUUAACUGAUCGGUGAAGUUCUGUCCUUUUUUGUUUCCAUGGUAACUGGCAUUUGAACCCUGAACCUGCUGACGGAUGGAAUAUGAGUGCGUGUGGGCUCUGUUCUCAUUAGCAGUUGAUGUUGCACUUUUCAUCAAUGAAGAAAAUGUUGUUGUACAUUGAUCUCAUUUUUAUUUAUACUAGUGCUUGAGUUGUACAAUAUGGAGAAUUUUACGUAUGAUUGAUGGUUUAAUUGUACAUUAUAAAUAUGUAAAAAUUAAAUUGUUUUAAAUUAA